CCUCGGCUGCUGCUACGGCGGCGGCUCCUCCUCCCGGCGGGCAGCCCCGGCUGUCACCGAGCGCGCGGGCCGGGCGGCGCGGAGAGCGGGUGCCCCCCUCCCCGGCGCCGCGUCCGCAGGCAGCCGGCGGGACCGGGCCGCCGUAGCCAUGUUGAGGAGGAUUUUGCAGCGGACUCCAGGCAGAGUUGGGUCUCAGAGCUCGGAUUCGGAUUCCUCUGCAACCCCAGGAAAUGCAGUGGAUGUGAACAAUGAAAGUACUUCAGAGGUACACUGUGCAGUGAAAACCCGAAACAGAAAAUCAGAUUAGUGUAUCAAGGCUUCAUCUGUCCACUAUGUAUGAAAAUGUGUGUGAGUGCCACUGGUCUGUCUGAACAUUACCAGAAUGAACACAUUGGAACAGAGACAAGAAGACAGGAGCAUCAUGACCUGCCCGCUGUUACUGGCUUUAUUUGUCCUCUGUGUAUGAAAUCUCAUGGAUCUGCUGAAGAACUUUUCAAGCACUAUGAAGUAGUUCACGGAUCUGGCAUCGAUUCAGGUCAUGGAGGAGAAGAGCAUCCUUCACCGAAAAGCAAUGAAAUAUCACUACUCCGACAAGAAAUUCAAGACUUGCAAGCUUCACUUAAGGAGGAGAGAUGGUACUCAGAAGAGCUGAAGAAAGAAUUAGAAAAAGUGCAGCGGCAGCAAGAAUCUAAGCCUGAUGGAGUGACAACUUCUGCAUCUACAGUUUUUUCAAUAAAUACUGCUGUUUUUGAGCUAGAAACAUUAGAACGGCAACUUGAAGAGACCCAAGUAGAAAAUUUUAAUAUUAAGCAGAUGAAAGACCUGUUUGAGCAAAAAGCCGCACAGCUGGCUACUGAAAUUGUAGAUAUUAAGGCAAAGUAUGAUGAGGAAAUGAGUCUUCGAGAAAGUGCAGAGCAGAAAGUGACAAACCUGAUGCAAGAACUACAGAAAGAGAGAGCCAUAAUAGAAGAUUUAAAGACUGAACUGCUGCAAAGACCUGGUGUGGAGGAUGUUUCUGUUCUAAAGAGGGAGCUGGUCCAAGUUCAGACAUUGAUGGACAAGAUGACUUUGGAGCGUGAGAGAGAAUCAGAGAAGCUGAAAGAUGAGUGCAAGCGUUUGCAGGCAGAGUACGCGAACUCGGAGGCCACCAUAAAUCAACUAAGGGCUGAGCUUGCAAAAGGCCCUCAGGAGGUUGCUGUGUAUGUGCAGGAACAACAAAAACUUCAAAGUUCAGUUAAUGAAUUAGAACAGAAAAACCAGAGUCUGACAGAAAAGCUGCUGAAGAAAGAACUUGAUUACACCCAGUUAGAAGAAAGGCAUUCUGAAGAAUCAGUGAGUAAAAAAAACAUGCAGGCAAGCCUGCACCAAAAGGACUUGGACCUGGAGCACCUUCGAGCAAGGCUAUCUGCCGCUGAAGCCUCGUUGCAGAGGGUACAGACAGAACUGGGUGAGAAGGGGGAAGCAAGCCACAAACUUAAGGAAGAAUUGUCAGAAAUAGAGACAAAGUAUCAGCAUCUCAAGGCAGAGUUUAAACAGCUACAACAGCAGAGAGAGGAAAAAGAACAACAUAGCCUUCAACUGCAGAGUGAGCUCAAUCAGUUGCACAGUAAACUUCUGGAGACAGAACGCCAGCUAGGGGAAGCACAUGGUCGACUUAAAGAACAGAGACAACUCUCUAGUGAAAAACUGAUGGACAAGGAACAGCAGGUGGCUGAUCUGCAGUUAAAACUUUCUCGUGCUGAAGAACAGCUAAAGGAAAAAGCAGCAAAUUGCACUGAAUUACAGCAUCAGUUAGAUAAAGCAAAACAGCAGCAUCAGGAGCAACAGACUCUUCAGCAAAGCACUACAGCAAAACUCCGAGAAGCCCAGAAUGAUUUGGAACAAGUACUGCGUCAGAUUGGAGAUAAGGACCAAAAAAUUCAAAACCUUGAGGCCUUGCUACAAAAGAGUAGAGAGAACAUCACCCUGUUAGAAAAAGAAAGAGAGGACUUGUAUGCGAAAAUUCAAGCAGGGGAAGGAGAAACUGCAGUUCUUAACCAGCUGCAAGAGAAAAAUCACACUUUGCAAGAGCAGGUAACUCAGCUAACAGAAAAGCUGAAGAAUCAGUCGGAAAGCCAUAAACAAGCCCAAGAGAAUUUGCAUGAGCAGGUGCAAGAGCAGAAGGCACAUCUGAGAGCUGCUCAAGACCGUGUGCUCUCCCUAGAAACAAGCAUUGGUGAACUAAAUAGUCAGCUAAAUGAAAGCAAAGAGAAAGUAUCCCAGCUUGAUUUACAGAUAAAAGCAAAGACUGAAUUACUGCUUUCAGCAGAAGCAUCAAAAGCCGCUCAAAGAGCAGAUCUUCAGAAUCAUUUGGACACAGCCCAGAAUGCGCUGCAAGAUAAACAACAGGAGUUAAAUAAGGUCAACACUCAGUUAGAUCAGGUUACGGCUAAGCUGCACGACAAGCAAGAAUAUUGUACACAGCUGGAAGCCAGUCUUAAAGAGUAUAAAGAGAAACAUCUUUAUUUAGAACAGAAAACGGAGGAGCUAGAGGGACAGCUUAAGAAACUUGAAACUGACAUUCUUGAGGUUAAAGCAAGCAAAGAACAGGCCCUUCAGGAGCUACAACAGCAACGGCAGCAGUGUACAGAGCUAGGCCUCAGAACAACAGAACUGACUAAACAGCUUGAAGCAAAAAGAGAAGUUGUAUCUAGUACUAAAUUGGAUUUGGAGAAGAAAUCUGAUGCCCUGGAACAAGCAAAACAGCAAAUAUCAAAGCAAGGGGAAGAAAAAGCAAGCCUUAAACGGGACCUUGAGAAAUUAAAUCAAGAGACAAAUAAACAACGUAAGGAACUAGAUGGCAAGAUUCAAGCAGCAACAUUAGAGCUGCAGAAAAUGAAGUUGGAGAAAGACACUUUAUUGAAAGACCUUACAGUUACCAAAGACAAAUUAUCAAAAACCAUUGAAUCCUUGAAGGAUAUAAAGGAUGAAUUGGAAAAGGAGAAACAGAAAGGAAAAGCCGCUGUGGCAGAAAUGGAAAAAUCUUGCCAAGAAACUAAACAUCAGCUUCAAGUACAGACAGAGUCUGUAGCUAAAGAACGGAAUGAGUUGAAAAACUCACUGGAAAAACAGGAAGGGAUUUCUAAGCAGCUGACAAUAGAGCUUGAUUCAGCACGAGGACAAAUACUGGAGAUUCAGGGUGUCCUAAAAGAGAAGGAAAAGAAUGAGCAGCAUCUCCAGGGAAAGCUGAAAGAACUGAAGGAAUCAUUUGAUCAGAAGAAAAGGCAAACUGAAACACAGCAAGCUGAAUUAAAGGGUGCCCUUUUAGAAAAGGCAGAACUAGAGAAUAAAUUACAGCAGCAGGUAACAUUAUCAGCACAGGAGCUUAAAGCAGAGAAAGGAAAACUAGCAGAGCUACAGAAGAUUCAUGAAAAAGAUCAGGAAAAUAGGAAAGAACUUCAGCUGGAUCUUUAUGGUAAAGAAUCUGAGCUGUUGGCAACAAGGCAAGAUCUUAAGUCCACAGAGGAGAAACUUGCUCUGGCUCAGGAGGAAUUAGUUUCAAGCAGAAAUCAAAUUGGUAACCUUAAUCAGUUGAUCCAAGAACUUAAGACAAUAAAGUCUACUCUGGAGCAGGAUGUGUCAAAGAAAGAACAGCAGCUGAAAGAACAGAACAAGAUGUUACAGGAAAUCCAGAAAGACAAGGUUUUGAAAGAAAAAGACUUGGCUAAUGAAAAAUCUAAAACAACAGAGCUCCAGGAAAUAAAGAGUAAACUGGAAAAAGAUAGUACUAAAUAUAGUGAAGAGCUUAGGACCUGCAAGCAAGAAUUUGAGAAGGAGGUGACAAAUCUAAAGGAUGCGAAGCAGCUAUUGAUUCAACAGAAACUAGAGCUGCAGGGCAAAGUAGAUAACAUGAAUUUAGCUCUUGAAAAGGAGAAGAAGAAUCAGCAAAUUAUCAAAGAUCAGCUGAAAAAAAAAGAGGAAGAACUGAAGAAGGAAUGUGUUGCAAUUGAAACUAAACUGCGCACAGAGAUAAAAGAGAAAGAAGAAGAAAACAGAAAACAUGAGGAGGUGGAAGCCAAGCUCACCAUGCAGAUCACAGCUCUGAAUGAAAACCUCGCUACAAUGAAGAAAGAGUGGCAGAGCAGUCAAAGAAGGGUCAGUGAGCUAGAGAAACAGACGGAUGAUUUGCGUGGGGAGAUUGCUGUAUUAGAGGCAACAGUACAAAAUAAUCAGGAUGAGAGGAGAGCAUUGCUGGAGAGGUGUAUUAAAAGUGAGGGAGAAAUUGAAAAGCUUCAAGCCAAACUCCUGGAACUGAAAAAAAAGCUGGACAAUACAACUGCAGCGAUGCAAGAGCUAGGCCGAGAAAACCAGUCGCUACAGAUUAAACACACACAAGCCCUAAACAGGAAAUGGGCAGAAGACAAUGAGGUACAGAACUGUAUGGCCUGUGGGAAAGGCUUCUCAGUGACCAUCAGAAGGCAUCACUGUAGACACUGUGGAAAUAUCUUUUGUGCUGAGUGCUCCGCAAAGAAUGCCUUAACUCCUUCUUCUAAGAAGCCUGUCCGUGUCUGUGAUACUUGUUUUAACGACUUACAAGGAUAACUGAUUAUCUCAAAUGGCACUUAACGUUACGCUAGAAUUAGAAUUUCUGUUGAUGCACUUCCUACAGCACUCAGACUACUAUUCAGUUUGAACAAUGAUUGUAACACUUGCAAAAUUUAGUAUAUUUUAAAAUGUUUUAUUGAUACUAAGUAAAACUAUUGUAUUUUUUGUGAGACAGGCUCAGAUCAUCCUCAGCUUAUUGCCAUUUACCCAGGAAAGAGCUUUUAUGUCUAAGUUAGGAACACCCAGUUAUUUGUAAAUAAAGUUUAAACAGAGAAGUAACAAUGUAUUUUUUUAAUCUUUAAUUUUUGUGUUCAAAAGAAACGUGUAUGUGAUAUUGCAGUUUUUGUUUCUUUCAAAACAGUAAGUUGCAAAAAUUUGCAAGGAUUUUGUGUAUCAAAUAUUGCUGUUUCAGUGGCAUAAUUACAUUUUAAUUGUUGCAUUUGAUUGCAUAACUACCAUACUUUUAAAUCCCCUAGUAAUUUCUUUAGGAGUUUUUCUCCUCUUUUGCUCUUGAAUUUUUCUCUCUAAGGCUCCAAUCCUGCAAUAGUGGCAAACACCUGUACCCACAUGGAACCCCGCUGACCUGCACGGGGCUCUGUGUGAACACAGCAGUCUGGCCACAUAGAGCUUAUAGCAAUAUCAGUGCCUAAAUCAUUGCCCAACUACAGCAUUUGUAUAUUGGAGUACCUUUACAUGUACUGUAAGGUACUAGCAUUUGUACAGACAAGCUUGAUUUAGUUGGGGAUUGGUCCUGCUUUGAGCAAGGGGUUGGACUAGAUGACCUCCUGAGGUCCCUUCCAACCCUGAUAUUCUAUGAUUCUGUGAAGCUAGAAACGGGACUGCAAGUUUGGCUUCUGUUCUAGGAAUGUUGCAUAAAGCUCUCCCAUAUUGAUUGAUAGAUUUGUUGAAUAGAAUAUAACUUUCCAGAUUUUCUUAUCUGUGGACAUAUACAAAAAAUUAUCCUCAGUUCUAUUCUUUUUCUUUCCCUACUAACCAUAGAAGCCCUUAAAGGUCCUUGGUUGGUCUUUGAGGAACACCCAACUGUCCUAUGCUAGGUUUCCUACUAAUGACCUAUAUUCGGAGACUCCAGCAUUUUAUAUGAUCUCUUCUUCUUGUCCCCCACAUUAACUGGAAGAGGUUGGGAUUAUUCUAUCCCUAACUGACUUGGUCUUUCCACUGCUUCUUCUGAACCUGUGGUGUUUGCAUUUUUCUUAAUCCUGGGUCUUUCUUGGUACAAUAGUUUCAUGAUUUGGUCUGCUCAGAAUGGUGGUUGAAACUGCUGCUGUUUUAUAUACAAAACAGUCAGACUUAAUUAAGAAGUGAGGAUACGAUUUUAGGCUCCGUUACUGUCAUAUUUUUUUCUCCCUACUUGUGCUGGAGGAGUUUAAAAGCAAUGCAUAUACGUACCUCUCUUUGUUGUGUAGGCAGAAAAAGUAAAAUGUAUGUACCUGUAAUUUUUCCUUCUCUGAAGUGGGCUCCUGCUGCUCUAUGAUCCAUUGCAACUGGGUUAUUCCUCGUCAUUUUCCAGACCCAUUGCCUCUCUAGCUCCCCUGCUAACUGCCCAAGGGUAAAAAGACUAAAAGUUCUAAUGAAUAAAUAUUAUGAAAGAUUAGCCAUCUUCAUUCAUGCCAUCUUAUCGAAGACAUGAAUUAACAACCUCAGAAAUGGUAGACAGGUUUCAGAGUGGUAGCCAUGUUAGUCUGUAUCAGCAAAAAAACCGAGGAGUACUUGUGGCACCUUGGAGACUAACAAAUUUAUUUGGGCACAAGCUUUCGUGGGCUAAAACCCACUUCAUCGGAUGCAUGCAGUGGAAAAUACAGCAGGAAGAUAUAUAUAUACAAUAUGGUACUCACGAAGGGAAGUGGAAGGAGAAAAAUUUAAUUGCACCUCUGCCUGUAGAUUCCAGCUGUCAUUGGUAAGAAAAACAAUUGGCUGGUGUAGUACAAAGGCAGGUGAGGUAAAACCCACUGACCUAAAGGAGGCCAGACAGGAAAGAGAAGGUCUACUGGCACUGGUAAGUUAGCAGAGAGAGGCCAUGCUACAUAAAUCACAUGUGAAGGAGCUGAAAGGUGGAACAUAGUCAGUGCUCAGAACCCUCAGGCUGCCAUGCUCUAGUGGUGACUGGUAAUAAGUAUGGUGAAUCUGAGCCAUUGGAGUGGGGAUUUUUUUUAACUGUAGUUUUUUAACUGUAGGAGUCAGAACUGCCCUCAGAGAGAGGGGGCUGACAGAACCAUUGAUGGGGAAGGGCUGCAGGAUGCCAAGCACAAGAAGAACUGGCUAAGAUCUUUUCUGGAACAACUGGGCCAAAGCAGUCUGAAAGGAGUGAGAGGUCCUGCCCCAUGGGAUUUUCCUAAUCCUCUGACUAACUGGCUGGAGAUCCUCCUUGACACCAUAUUUCAACCCAGUCAGAACAGAAAAAUGGCCAAGGACCUCUGACUUGUUGCUCUCAGAUACCAGGUCCUGCUGAUGAAUUUCUGCCCCACAUAAAUUAAGGCUUGCCUGCCACAUUUCUGCCGUUGGAGUCAGCCGUUGCUGCUAUGUUUCACCUUGGCCUGGAGUUCUGAGUAGCCUAGGGCCACUGGCUUGGAGAUCCUGCUGAGACAGCUUCUGUUGCUGCAUUUCUGCACCAAACAGCUAAAGCUGUAUGCCACAUUUCUGUACAGGUGGAAGGCAAUACAGUAGUGUGUAGCUGGUCUGAGCAGGAGCUCCUUUGAUCUUAGCUGCUACGUUGCUAUGUUUUCUCCUCCAGUGUUGGUUUCCUGCAGACUCCUGUUGUCCAAAGAUCCUUCAUCUACUAGGGGCACCAAGGAGAAAGAGAAAAAUAAAAAAAUUAUAAUGGAAAAAAACUCCAACCUGGAGAUAGAAAGACCUGGAGGAAGCACCUGUUAGAGUUAGAGACUCAGUCACUUUUCUGAGAGAGAGAUGUGUGGGGUUCUUUUUGUUUUAUUUUGUUUUUUAAAUACAAUCCUCCUGCCCAAAUCCAGUUCUUGGAAGAUGCGGACUGAUCCAGUUGUAAUGGAUCCUGGAGUACCAGGUGCUCAUUAGGGGGAAUAAUUUUGUCACUCUUUGAAUGACUUAGACUAUUGAGAUCAUCUCACUGGAAAAUCUUUUCUUAGUGAAGCAGGAAAAGAUUUUUGGGGAAAAAAAUGUGAAGUAGCUUUUUGCAGAUUAUUGCCAAAAACAAUUGAUUGCCAUUUGCCAACCUGUUGCUUGACAUAAAAGAAGUGACCCCUAAAGUAGAAUAUUCUCCAGAGCACAGUAGGGGCCCCAAGAAACUCAAGUACUUUCUAGUUUGUUAAUGUAACUUAAAUGCAAUAUGGGAAUACAUGCUUCUUACAACAUUUGAAAUUUAUGACAAAUACCUGGAGAUAGAAAGGAAAAUGCUGGAGCUUAAGACCAGAAGGAAAAUAAAAAUUGUCUAGAGUGACGAGUGAAAGCUCUGUAAUGACACUAGGAUUGGAAGAGGGUGAGAACUGAUGAAUUAAUUCAUUGCAACCUCCAAAAACCUCUGGAGGAGUAGGAAAUAGCAUUGUCACUUGCACUAUGCACUUUUUUCUUUCUAGCAUAACUGAAUAUAAUAUACAAUAAAUGGAAUGGCAAUUUUGAAUGCAUACAUGUAGUAAUCAAUCCACAGUGGGAGAUAUUUUUAGCUGGAUUUCUCCUUGAAUUAUAUAACUCCCCUUUGUUGUUAAGGGGAGUUGCACUCAUAAUUGCUCUGCACCCUAGGGGAGCAUAACCCAAGGACACACAUAACAAAGGAAUGGACAUGGUCUUUAAAAAGCACGGCUGUGUUUAUAAAGCUGUAUCUUAAGAUUUAAAAUGAGAGAUGAAUUUUACAUAUUUAAAAAAAAAAUCAUGCCAAUCAGUUUUCAUUUUCCAAGUAGGAACUCUUGUACUCACCUUAGGUUAUAGGGUAAGUAUGAAACUAACACAUACACACAGUUACAGCAGAAGUCACUAAAUGGUUUGCUUUUCAGAAAUAGUAAUAACAGAAAAGUAAAAUUCUUGUAGAGAAACGUACCUUUAUUUGUCAAUUCCCCGCCCUCUGGGGGAGGGCUCUAAAUAAAGCAAUUUGCAUUUUUAGAGAGAGAAAACAUAACACACCACUUUACAUUAAGAUUUUAAGAAAACAAAGAGAUUUGCUAGUAGGUAACAUUAACCAUUUCUACCUUUGUCCACAGCAUACCAUAUAAUACUAUGCACUCAUCAUACAGCAGGUUCAUGAGUAUCUUUUCACUGGAUUACAUAGAAUACAUUUGAAGAUAUUAAAUGGGAAAAAACUCUGAUGUUAAGCCUCUCAGAAGAGUGUUGUUUUAGAAGCAAAAAAUGUAGUGAAGUUUCCUCCCCCCCCAAAAAAAAAUUUAAAAAUAAAAUCCCAGUCUUUUUUAAAUGCCUUUUGGGGUGGGGGGUUAGAGGGGUGAAGAGAGUGGCUUGUGGAGAGUAUGUUCAUUGUUUAUCUGUCAACAGGCCAGUGCUGGCCGGUCCAGAGCUCCUGCUGUUGGCUCUAUUGCAAAGUACUUUGUUGUAUCACCUUGUUAAAUCCCAACUCCUGGCACCAAAGGGAUAUUACAAGACUGUCUCACUGGGUUAGUGAAUACCGGAACUUUUUAUAGAAAUGUGUCCAAAAUGCUGCUUGUAUAGGAUUUGUCACUUUUGUAAGAAAAUAAAAUAAAAUAAAAAAAAAAUCCAGCCCACCACUCGAUGCCAUAUAUGAUUUUAUUUAAACUACCUCUCAGUGUGUAAUUCAACCAAGUAGUCCAGUUUAAUAGGGGUUCCUCACUGUAGUGUUAUGUAACAGUUAUAGAGACUGCCAAAUUUGCAAGUUGUCUGUCACCAAAAAAAAAUUUAGUCUUUUAGUCUUUUUGCGUAUGCUUAAACAGUAUCCACUAAUUUCUAAUUAUUGUAGACUCGGUCGUUCUUUUUUACCUUUGUAGUUUUAAUCCUACAACUCUAGCUGUUGGAGGGGAAAUAAAUCACUACCACAAACUUUCAUAGUUAUGGUCUGUUGGGUUACAACAGUGGUAUAGGGAGCUUUGUCAUAGCAUCAUCCACUAAUUAAUCCACUCUUAAUUUAGCCUUUUUUUUCACCAUACUCUAGAUAUGAACUUCAUGAAUGGAUUUCUUUAAUGGACGCGUGCUACAAAUUAUAUUGCCUUGUUUGUCUCUUUUCUGAAUUUUAAUGAUCAGUUUAUUAUCAUUGCAGAUGUGAAUAUUGGGCAUAAAAUUGACUAAUUUUCUGUGUAAUUGUAUAAAAUAGAAUUGAAAAAAAGCUUUAUGUUUUUAACCCACUAUUUAGAGAUAAUGUGUUACGUUUGCCUUAUGAUGCAGUUUUACCUACGGAACACUGCACUUCUUUUAAACUGGAUCAUACACUCAUAAUGGGCAUACUACAAAACUUAUGUAUGUGUAGAUAGACUCUGCAUGAACAUUUUUUCAUCAAUUUGAUUUUUAAGUCUUACUUUCAGUGUUGUGUUUACUAAUAGUGAUCAUGUAGUUGUGCCUUACGUUGUGAAAGAGUUUAGUCCAGUAUGCACUGCAAUUCCUAAACUCUGCAACUGGGUGGUGACUAAAGUUGUGGACAAGAAAAUGAUACCAUGCAUCAACUAAUUCUGUGUAAAGUAUGAUGGACAGAUGCUUGUUGAAAUGUUACUUUUGUUUUCUAAUCUGUUAAAGGAAUGAUAAUAAAAUUAGAUCUUUCUAAUA